AAUGUUUGAUUUUGUAACGUGGGUCUGUGGUCUGAAAGCGGCGUCUACUACCGAAUAAAUGACAGAAGGACAAGACGGUGGAUCUUUGGUGGUCAACUAAGCACUUUUAUUGAGAAAAAUAAAUCCGCGAAGAAGGUGAAUUUUAUUUGCCGUUGAUAAAUUUCCAUUGCAAUAAUUGUAAAAAGAAAUGACAGCUAUCGACGGGCAAGGGAAAGACCAAGUCAUAUUUAUUACUAAGGAAGAGCAUGAAACUCCCAGCACUGUGAAACAGGAAGAGGAAGAUACAAAUGGGGAUCCUAAAGGAAAAGGCCUCAUCCUCCCAACUGGUGAAAUAAACUGGGACUGUCCGUGUUUGGGUGGGAUGGCGAGUGGAGUGUGUGGAGAGCAGUUUAAAUCUGCGUUUACCUGCUUUCACUUUAGUCAAGAAGAGGUGAAGGGCUCUGAUUGUCUGGAGCAGUUCAUAUCCAUGCAGGAGUGUUUCCAUCAACAUCCUGAACUCUUCCCUCAGGACAACAAUGAUCUACAGACUGCAGAUCCGGACCAAGAACACUCCUCAUCCAUCUCUGACUUCACAACAAACAAAGAAUCGGACUCUUUGCCCACUGAGACAGAUGAGAUUCCCACACAGCUGCCUGUAGUCAGUUAAAACAUCUGUCAUUUAAGCAUUUAUUUACUAUUAUCUAUUGAUGUAGACAAGGACAGCGUAAAUAUAGGUAGAUUAUAUGGUGAGCUUGUUUAAAAAAUGGUGAGUUUCAAAAAAAUGUAAUAAUUAAAGGUUUAAAGAAACUGUGGGGAAAAAUUGUAACAAAUUUUAUAAAGCUGGUCAUUUUAUUUUGACGUUCAAUCCUCCAUACUGACAAACUAUGACUAUUGCCUCAGAAAGCAAUACUGCUGCUUAUUAGUUGGGUUAACUCGGCAAGUCAUUGUACAAGAUUGCUUUGUUUUGUAGCCAAUAAAAA